GAGCCCCAUCUGGCCCCCCUCCAUUUCCCCGGCCAGCUCCAAACCGAAACCCCCUCCAGCCGUCUCCCCCAGCCUUCCCCGACCCGCUCCUCCAGCCUUUGUCCACUUUCCUGGGCAGAAGGUGUCACCCGGCCCCAGCCCCCUCCAGGCUCAGGUAUCGCCCCUCAAGUGAAGUCACCCCCUGCUAUCCCAUCCCCCAUGCAGACAGUCCCAGUACAACUCCCCUGCGACAUCCCCAGGUCAAUCCGCCCCACUCCCUGCCCCGUCACAGACGGCACAUGGAGAGAGCCCACAGAUACUCACGGGACGGACACACAGAUAGCACACACGGACACUUACGGAGGACGCAUGAACACACACGGGGAGGACACAUGGAUGACUCAUGGACACACCCAGGGAGGACUCAUGAACACACACGGGAAGGACACACGGACACGCAUGGGAAGGACACCACCCAUGGACACACGGGAAAGACACACGGACACAUGGGGAGAGCCCACGGACACACAUGGGAAGGACACAUGGAUACACAGAGAACACACGGACACACACACAAGGAGGACACAUGGACACACAUGGGAAGGACACACAGACACACACGGAGAGAGGCCACAGACACACACGGGAAGGACACAGAGACACACAUGGGGAGAACACACGGGAAGGACACACGGACACACACGGGGAGGACACACAUGGGGAGAGGCCACAGGCACACAUGGGAAGGACACAUGGACACACGGGAAGGACACAGAGACACACAUGGGGAGGACACAUGGACACACACAGGGAGGACACACAUGGGGAUAGGCCACGGGCACACGGGAAGGACACAUGGACACAUAAGAAGGACAAAGAGACACACAUGGGGAGGACACACAGACACACACGGGGAGGACACACAUGUGGAUAGGCCACAGGCACACACGGGAAGGACACAUGGACACAUAAGAAGGACAAAGAGACACACGUGGGGAGGACACACGGACACACACGGGAAGGACACACGGACACUCCACUCCAUGUUUUCCCAUGUCUGUGACCCGGCGGGCUGAGCAGGUGAUUGCUUGGUGGCAGGGCCUGGCUUUGCUGACUGGUUUCGGGCCCUGGCCGCCCCGCUCCAGCCUCUCUCUCUGACGCCCUAGAGCAUGGGGAGUGGGGGGGGGGGGAGUUGAGGGGGGUCUGUGCUGGAGGGGGGGCAGGAGGGCCCCGAUUAACUCUGUACCUCGGUUUGCUGCUCAGACAUUAAGGCCUCACCCCAAAGCAACCCCUCCCCCCGCUCUGAUCACUAGUCCCCACUCCCCUCCCAGAGCCGGGGAGAGAACCCAGGAGUCCUGUUGUGACGAAGUGGGACUGUUCUUAAUGUUUUCUCUGAAUACUGUGUGGGUGCCUCAGUUUCCCCUAUGCAUUUCUCGAGUGUCUGGGGGGGGUGAUUGUUGCAGAGCCCUAGGGGGGCCAGUGUGACCGGCCUGUCUCCUGGCAACUGAUGGCCUGGGCCCCUCCCCUGCAAAGUUGCCAACCAAAGAUGUUAAAAAACAAAGAGAUCAGGUGAGCUCCUGGCCCAGGAAAGAGACAAAGGCAGAGGAGGGGCUGGAGAGUUUUCAGUUUGGAGCUGGCUGGGGGAAUGGAGGGGAGGCCAGACAGACCUCCUGGCCUCCCCUGGCCCCCCAAGAUGGACCUGACUGAGGGGUCCUGUGGUCUGUACCUGCAAGACCUGCCUUGAACUGUGUUCCUGUCGGCUAAAUAAACCUUCUGUGUCACUGGCUGCCUGAGAGUCCCGGUGAAUUGCAGGAAGCCGGGGGUGCAGGGCCCUGACUCCCCCAAACUCUGUGACACCUGGUUCCCAGCCCCCCCUGCUCUAACCACUGGACCCCACUCCCCUCCCAGAGCCAGGGAGAGAACCCAGGAGUCCUGGUUCCCAGCUGUGACAGAGAAAGGAGUAGGAAGUAUUAACCUGAUAAUGGUGCAGGGGAGUUUUACUAGUUUACUGUCUUCUGCUAACACAAUUUCCCUGGGGUGCUGCACCAGUACUAGAUGGGGAUGGGAACAAGGAGGUGACUUCACUGCGGGAUGAUACCUGAGGGCCGGCACCUAAAGGGUGUCAGUUUCCCUGCGUAACCUGAGCCCAGGAGAGGGCUGGGGCCAGGUGACACCUGCCCGGGAAACUGGACAAAGGCUGGAGGA